AUGCGCAGUGGGAGCCACUUUGUAUCCUAUCAGGCGAGGAGAGGGUGAUGUCACCUGCGAGUUAGUAACCUACGAGCGGCUGUGUAGGAAACUGUUUAACCGGAUCCCAUUGUACCCAGAGUGCAGAGCCGCCUUUUCAGCAUGCAGGGGCUGCUCAGAGUUUAGUCACAUCAAGAAAUAGAACAGAAUUCAGCCAUGGCCCCAAGAAAGAGAGGUGGACGAGGUAUUUCAUUCAUCUUUUGCUGUUUCCGAAAUAAUGAUCACCCAGAAAUCACAUAUCGGCUGCGAAAUGAUAGCAACUUUGCGCUUCAGACCAUGGAGCCAGCAUUGCCCAUGCCCCCUGUGGAGGAGCUGGAUGUCAUGUUCAGUGAACUGGUGGAUGAACUUGACCUCACAGACAAACACAGAGAAGCCAUGUUUGCACUUCCAGCUGAGAAAAAAUGGCAAAUAUACUGUAGCAAGAAAAAGGAACAAGAAGAAAACAAGGGAGCUACAAGUUGGCCUGAAUUCUACAUUGAUCAGCUCAAUUCCAUGGCUGCUAGAAAAUCUCUGCUGGCUUUAGAGAAGGAAGAAGAAGAAGAGAGAAGUAAAACUAUAGAGAGUUUGAAGACAGCACUGAGGACAAAACCAAUGAGGUUUGUAACCAGAUUCAUCGACUUGGAUGGCCUGUCAUGUAUCCUCAACUUUCUAAAGACUAUGGACUAUACGUUAAUUAACGACUUGGAUAAAAGCACUGGGCGGUAUCGAGAUGAAGUGAGUCUCAAGACUGCAAUCAUGUCCUUCAUUAACGCGGUGCUCAGCCAAGGAGCAGGAGUGGAGAGUUUGGACUUCAGACUUCAUCUUCGCUAUGAAUUUCUGAUGUUAGGAAUUCAACCCGUAAUAGAUAAAUUAAGGGAACAUGAAAAUUCAACAUUAGAUAGGCAUUUAGACUUUUUUGAAAUGCUCCGAAAUGAAGAUGAACUAGAAUUUGCCAAAAGAUUUGAACUGGUUCACAUAGACACAAAAAGUGCAACUCAGAUGUUUGAGCUGACCAGGAAGAGGCUGACUCAUAGUGAAGCUUACCCGCAUUUCAUGUCCAUCCUGCACCACUGCCUCCAAAUGCCUUACAAGAGGAGUGGCAACACUGUUCAGUACUGGCUACUACUAGAUAGAAUUAUACAGCAGAUAGUUAUCCAGAAUGACAAAGGACAGGACCCUGACUCCACACCUUUGGAAAACUUUAAUAUUAAGAAUGUCGUACGAAUGUUGGUUAAUGAAAAUGAAGUUAAGCAGUGGAAAGAACAAGCGGAAAAAAUGAGAAAAGAGCACAAUGAGCUACAACAGAAACUGGAAAAGAAAGAACGAGAAUGUGAUGCCAAGACUCAAGAGAAGGAAGAGAUGAUGCAGACCUUAAAUCCUCCACCACCUCCCCUCCCUCCAGGUGGCCCUCCUCCUCCGCCAGGGCCUCCUCCCUUAGGGGGAAUCAUGCCACCUCCUGGUGCUCCAAUGGGCUUGGCACUCAAGAAGAAAAACAUUCCUCAGCCCACAAAUGCCCUGAAAUCCUUCAACUGGUCUAAACUGCCAGAGAACAAACUGGAAGGAACAGUAUGGACCGAAAUUGAUGAUACAAAAGUCUUCAAGCUUCUAGAUCUUGAAGACCUGGAAAGAACCUUCUCUGCCUAUCAAAGACAGCAGGAUUUCUUUGUGAACAGUAACUCCAAGCAGAAAGAAGCAGAUGCCAUUGAUGACACUCUGAGUUCCAAACUUAAAGUCAAAGAGCUUUCGGUGAUUGAUGGUCAGAGAGCUCAGAAUUGCAACAUUCUUCUGUCGAGGUUGAAAUUAUCCAAUGAUGAAAUCAAACGGGCAAUUCUAACAAUGGACGAGCAGGAAGAUCUGCCCAAGGACAUGUUGGAACAGCUCUUGAAAUUUGUUCCUGAAAAAAGUGACAUUGACCUGUUGGAGGAACAUAAACAUGAACUGGAUCGGAUGGCCAAGGCUGAUAGGUUCCUUUUUGAGAUGAGCCGAAUUAAUCACUAUCAGCAAAGGUUGCAAUCUCUGUACUUCAAAAAGAAGUUUGCAGAGCGUGUGGCAGAAGUGAAACCUAAAGUAGAAGCAAUUCGUUCUGGCUCAGAAGAGGUGUUUAGGAGCAGUGCCCUGAAGCAGUUGCUGGAGGUGGUUUUGGCAUUUGGAAACUAUAUGAAUAAAGGACAAAGAGGGAAUGCCUAUGGAUUCAAGAUAUCUAGCCUAAACAAAAUUGCUGACACAAAAUCCAGCAUUGACAAGAACAUUACCCUUUUGCACUAUCUGAUCACUAUUGUGGAAAGUAAGUACCCCAGUGUCCUCAAUCUAAAUGAAGAAUUGCGGGAUAUUCCUCAAGCUGCAAAAGUAAACAUGACUGAGCUGGACAAAGAAAUAAAUACCUUGAGAAGUGGCUUGAAAGCAGUAGAGACAGAGCUGGAAUAUCAGAAGUCUCAGCCUCCACAACCCGGAGAUAAGUUUGUGUCUGUUGUCAGCCAGUUCAUCACAGUAGCCAGCUUCAGCUUCUCUGAUGUUGAAGAUCUUCUAGCAGAAGCUAAAGACCUGUUUACUAAAGCAGUGAAGCACUUUGGAGAAGAGGCUGGCAAAAUACAACCAGAUGAGUUCUUUGGCAUAUUUGAUCAAUUUCUUCAAGCUGUGUCAGAAUCCAAACAAGAAAACGAAAAUAUGAGAAAGAGGAAGGAGGAAGAAGAGCGUCGAGCUCGCAUGGAAGCUCAGCUCAAAGAACAACGUGAAAGGGAACGUAAAAUGAGAAAAGCUAAAGAGAAUAGUGAAGAAAGCGGAGAGUUUGAUGACCUUGUUUCAGCUUUACGCUCAGGAGAAGUGUUUGACAAAGACCUUUCUAAACUGAAACGGAAUCGCAAACGCAUUACCAACCAGAUGACCGACAGCAGCAGAGAGAGACCAGUCACAAAACUUAAUUUCUAAUUUUCCAUGAAUACUUUUUUAGAAAGCUCAUUAGCAGCCCUCUAAAGUGACUACAACGUUUCAUUACACUGCCUUGCAAUCCAAACAGUGGCAAUUUUUUCCUUCAUCUGUGAGUGAAUGCUUGAAUGUAUGUGUAUGUAAAUGUAUGUGUGUAUAUAUUAAAAAAUGUAUAUAGAUGUCUGAGUGUUGUCUGGAGACCUAUACGUAUGGUUAAAAAGAUAUGUUAACGUAUGUGCUCCGAAACCUUUCAUGUAUGCAUUCACAUUGAGUGUGGCUCAUUUUCUUUCCCUGAACACCAUGACUGUUCAGAAGCACAAUACUAUCUCCUGAAAGAGAUGACAGAGACAUUCCCUAGAUUCAAAGACAAAACAGAAUUUAAAAAAAAA